GUCGAAGUGUAUGCUGUGCUCCGCUGUGGCCUUGUGUUGUGUUUUCUCAGCAGUGACCAACCGCGUGCUUGGAACUUUUGCAAGGAUUCUGAGGACAUCUGUUUGUAUUUAAGACUUAUUGUUCAUGUGCGUUGGGACUAAUUGAAUUUUUUAAAGAUGCCUUGGACGAAUUUUGUGGCAAUUACGACUCUGCUGUGCGUGGGAGCUUUCUGUUGCAUUUGGGGCCAAACUAUCGACGAGAGAGAUGUUGUCGAAGGACAACGCAUCACCCUUCCUUGUCGCUUCAAUGUGAACAGAAAUUUACCCGACGUGGUGUAUUACUGGAUGAUCAUCAACGACACGAGGCAGGAUGUCAUAUCGUGGAACGAUGCAUCUUAUGUGUCUUCAUACCAAGUGUCUUUCUCACCGCAGGAUGGUCGAUAUGAUCUUACCAUUUCUAAGGCGGAAUACAAACAAGACAAUUCGGAAUUUGAAUGCAGAUUGAAAGAAACUGAUGGUGGAAAAGUUUCUACUUUUGCCAAAUUCAAAGUUACAGUUUUAUUACCACCAGGACCACCCCAGAUUUCUCCACCUAAGCCUGUAGCAAGGGAAGGAGAAACGUUUGCUCUUUCAUGCAUGAGUCAAGGUGGCAGUCCUGAUCCAAUGGUUCAGUGGUAUAGAGAUGAUGUCCCACUUUCAGCCCAACUUCAGAAAGGUGGUUCAAGGGACAGACCUACAGCAAGUGUCUUGUCAAUCAACCCUCGCAUGGAAGAUGAUAAUGCCACCUACAGAUGUGCUGUAUGGAAUCGUGCUAUAAGGGAGGAAAUGAAGAUGCAAGCUUCGGUUACUCUUAGAGUUCAAUAUGCUCCAAGGAUCAAAGUUGGACCUUAUAAUCCUCUACGAGUGAUGGUGAACGGUGAUGCCACCUUGACUUGUUCUGUGUCUGCUAACCCACCGGCCCGCUCUGUACGGUGGUUAAAAUCUGGUCACCUCUUGUCACACACACCAAAUCAUUCAAUCCUCUCUGUAAAACCUGAUGACAGUGGGACUUACACUUGUAUUGCAGAAAACAAAAUUGGAGAAGCACAGAUUAAUUUGGAGUUAGCUGUCCUUUAUGGUCCAACAGUUAAUUUGCUGCCAGAGAAAGAAGUAUCUCUUGGAGAUUCCCUUGCAGUGAAAUGCAAUGUUGCUUCAAACCCACCUCCGCACACUAUAGAAUGGUUUAAAGUGGACGAUCCCUUUUUCAGGCAAAAUGGGGAUACUUUGAGGUUAGACUCAGUCUCUUCUGAAGACUCUGGAAAAUAUAUUUGCAAGGCAACUACAAUAGCUCGACCUUCUGGUUCUUCUAUGCAAAGGGAAUCCACUGCAAAUUCAUCCAUUACUAUUCAUAUUCGUCACAAACCCGGAGAAACAAUUAUCCAGCCAUCUACUCUGGAAGCUGUGACUGGCAAGCCCUUUUCAUUGAUAUGUGCUGCAAAGCCUCCUGGUUAUCCAUUACCCGAAUACAGAUGGUGGCGUGAAGGCCAAGAAAAAAUAGUGCUCAGUCAGAAAGCCAACUACACUUUGCUAUCUGCCCAUGUGAGCCACGAGGGACAGUACUAUUGUCAAACCCAAAAUAAUUUAGGAUAUGGAUCUAUUGCCUCUGCCUAUCUUACAGUUUAUGAACCCGUAUCUCUCACCAUUCCUUUGAGACCUCAGAUGGUCAAAAAAGAAGCUGAUGACAAAUUCAGUCUAACUUGUCGUGCCAGAGGAAAGCCAAUGCCUCAAGUUCAGUGGACACACGAGGGCCAGGUUAUCCCAGCUGACAGCGGAUUCUUUAAGAUCAUCAACACAAACAACAUUGAAGACAACAAUGUGAAUUCCUUGAAGAGCACACUUUUGUUCGAAGGGAGGGACAGGAAGAACGGAAAGCUCACAUCUGAUGACCGCGGGAGAUAUGCCUGUGCAUAUGGUAAUGGCUUUGGAGAAGUGUCUUCUGAAUUGACUUUGAAAAUAGAACAUUCUCCAAUUGUGAAGCACACGUAUAACAGAGUGGCUUUUGAUCUUAGAGAAACUGCUGUACUUAAAUGCAUAAUGCAAGCAUUCCCUGCUCCUAAGUUUGAGUGGUACCACUACGGACGAGUGAUUGACAGCUAUGGCAAUCAUGGUUUAAAUGAUACUGAAAUAGGAAGUGAUAACUAUAUUGGAAUUUUAUCAAUAAAAGAUUUAUCAGAAGAUGACUAUGGUGAUUACACUUGCCGUGCUCGAAACCAAGCUGGAGACAAAAAGACCAUCAUUAAACUUGUGAAAAAAGGGGUUCCUGAAAAACCAACAAAUGUGGAAUUGGUUGACACUAGCUCAGAUAAAGUAACCCUAAGAUGGAAUGAAGGAUUCAAUGGAGGUUAUGCGAGCACUGAAUAUUUGAUCACUUACUGGCCUGCUGCUGGGAAUGCGAGAGGAAGAAAUGAAUCAUGUAGAUCUCAGAAUGUUUGUGAAAUCAUUGGAUUGCAGUCUGAAACAGAAUACAAAUUUAAAGUACUUGCUCUAAAUCCUAGAGGUUACAGUCAAUACUCUGAUGAACUAAUGAUUAAAACUAAACCUAAUCCAAGAGAUUUACCUCGUGCUCUAGAUGCUCAUUUUGAUAAGGAAUCUAGCGAACUUACAUUUUCUGUGGAUCGAUUGCCCAUUCCUCUUCUAGCCAAAAUCCAAGCUAGAUAUCCUGAUAGUGAAGAAUGGAUUCUUCAGAAAUAUAUCGAAAUUGAUGCAACGGAAGAAACCGUUUAUCUCAAGACGGGAGAUCAACCUUUCAGUGAUGUGCGGGUGUCACUCUGUCUGCAGAGUAAUGAGUCAUGGUGUGGUGAUUCUAAAAUAGCUAGUCCUUUUGACGAUGCUCCACGUUCAAUUGAAACAGCUGGUCCUGUGAGUCUUGAAAACAUGGUUGUCAUAAUUGCUGUAUCUGGAACACUUGCAGUUCUUACAUUGGGAGUUCUCAUUUGCUUGUACUGGUGCAGGAGAGGAAAUAGAGGAAGCAAGAAGAAACAAGAGAUAAAGACAUUGAAUGCUGGUCCUCCUCCGGUCACUUUGCCUUAUUAUUCUGAAGAAAAUUUGACCAAACAUGGGGAUGUACUAGAUUCUCAAUCUAAACCUAAUAUUUAUGUAACUGGACUGACUGAUGGCCCUAAUGAUCAUAUGUGUUCCUCAGCUCCUGAUCAUGGUCUUUUGUACCCUGGUGAUCGUGAUUUGGGUUCAUGCAUGGUUCCCGAUGGUCACUUAAACAUGUUGCUGAAGAAUGGAGACAUGCCUCCUGAUGGGUCUUACUAUCCCUUUGAAGGCGAGAUGGUGAAUGAUUACUAUAGUGGCAAUGACUUCAAACCAGUGAAUGAUGACAUGAUGAACCUUAAAAAUAGAGAACAUUUACAUUCACCAUAUUAUGAUGUCAGUGGAUUACCUGACCCAUAUAGCAUGAGAGAUGAUGAGAAGAUGCAUCACAACUCGAUGUGUUUCGAUGAAAGCUUAGAAAGUGGAUAUUCCACUCCAAAUUCCAGAUCUAGGAGGAUCAUUCGAGAAAUUAUCGUGUGAACAUUUUUUCGAAAUGCUUAGUUCUUGAAGCUUGUCAGCUGUACGGCGCGGAGAAGAAAAAACAGAAAUACACUUCAUGUGUGUAAGCUGUUUCUCUGGUCCUACAGAGCCAUGUGUGAUAAGACUUAAAAAAAUAGACUCAUUUAAUGGCUUCGGGCCCCGACGCUCAGUCGUCAAACAUUCUGCUGGACGGAUUGAAACACUUUUCUUGACAUGUGUGACAACUUUCAAGAAAAGUGCUUGUCUUGUGUUACUGUUGGAGCUGUAUAUGUAAAUAAAUGUGCCUAUGUUGCCCAGAAGGAAAUCAAAUAGCUGCACAAGAUGAAGAUGCAAGUAAAUGACAAAUCAAAUCAUUAAUAUAUAAUGCAAUGUAAGAUUAAAGAAAAAAAACUUUUGUAUUAUUUGCAAGUUGUUUUGUGAAUUAUUGAAAUUGAACAUGUUUGGUGUUGCCAUAUUUUCUAGUGUAUAAGACCUGUGAUGUGGGUCACAGGAAAUCACUCGGACCUUCCAAAAAAAUUCCUUUUUUGGUAGUUUUAGUCUGACUAUUCGUAAAUUUCGAGUAAAAUCAUGCCUAAUUUCUCUAAUUAAAUGAAGGUAUGUGUACAUGCUCAUAUUUUAUCAUUUGGUGAAAUCUGGAGUUUCAUUCAGUAAAUUGAGAAUCCCCCCCCCCUUCCCUAAAAUUUAUGUUCAGGGAUCACCUGUAUAAGGUGUACCUUCCUUCCUAUGUAUGAGAUACUCGCCCCCCCCCCCCCGCCCCCAAGAAAUUUAAUACAAUUUUGUGGUACAGCUUACUUUUUAAAUAUUUACAUUAAUGCAUGACAUGGGAUGAAAUUGUUAGGUAAUUUUCAGUAGUAAAAUUAAUCUUUUAUGAUCCUGAAAAACUUGACAUUUGACUCUUUGCCAUCAUUUAUUCUUCUUUAUUUUUACUCCUCAUUAUAAUUAUUAAUACUCUUUACUUUCCUCAAAGGGGCAGCUAAUUUCAUAUUUCAAGGAAGAUUAAACGAAAGUUUGUUCUUUUGUUUUUGAAGUUAACCUUAGUCUUCAUCAAAGCAAGAAAACAUGAAAAGAGUGGAUGUUUUUUUUUGCUUUGACAUAAGGUGACAUCCCUUAAGACGUUCGAAGUAAAGGAGUUUGUCUUAUGUAUUGAAAAAUAGAGUAAUUUAUCUACUAUGAAUUUUAACUAUAUUUUUUUCACAUUCCUACAAAAAUAUUAACCCAAAACGAGACUUUUUUUCAAUUUUUUUUCUACGAAUGUGCUUUUUCUAUUAAAUGCUAAGGUGGCCAACAUGUUUGUACUCACGGUUGUCUUAAUAUUAUUCAGAACUCAAAACAACUGGCAGGAAUACUAGAAAAUUAUAACUUCGUUUUGUACUUGUACAAUAAAGUGGUUUGGAGCUAAUCAAAAGCUUUAGAUUCUCCAAAGAUCAAUGGGGGGGGGGGGGGGGCACUUAGUACUGGCUCUGCUUAAUCAGCCUGAAGCAUGAAUUGUCAUUUGGGUUUAAAGGCUCUACAAUGAAUCAAGAAAGGGAUAUAAUAAUCUCUAAAACUAUACUACUACUUUCCAAUUUGGUUCAUGACAUAAAUAUGUUUACAGUUAAAAUCAAAUAUUUUGACUUAUCCUGAGUGUUUUUGAUCAAUCAGAAAUGGCUAAUGCAUAGUUCAAAAGUCAAUCUGAUCAACCACUCUUUUUAUUUAUUUGACUUUAAAUCAUCAGACUUGUAUGCUUUCUACUUGUUGACCACCUAAGUCAUAAGCUGUACUGUAUAUUGCUUAGUUACCUACCAUGCAAACAAUGUAUAAAAUUGUAAGAUUUUGGAAAAGUUUUCUGGUUGAUAAGUGCAUAGAAAAUAUUAUUUUCAUUUUCCGUAUAAUUAAUCUAAGUUACGUUAUUAAACAAUUUCUUGGAUUGAACCUUUUUUUUUAAAUUGAAGCAUUUUUGUUUGUGUUUUGUAGAUGUGUCAUUGUUCAUCUGUAUUUGUUUAGAAGAAUGCCAUAAGGACAAAAAAAUCAACUAUUGUGUCAUUGAUUUUUUUGUUAGUUUAUGUUUCUUUGAAUGUUUGCUGUUGCCUUGUGCUGUUUUUCUUACAAAAACAUGUAUUUAUUUUUCAUAAUGUAUAGAAACUCCUUGUUUUUAUCUUUGUAUAAAUUUUGUAUCAGACUUAGAUGUCAGGUGCUCAAUUUGUAAUUGUCAAGUUAAACUGAUGAUUUACAAUAAGCAUGUUGACUGCAUUUUGUGUACAUAAUUUUCUUAGCAUGUAAAUAUAUUUCUUAUCCAAGAAGAUUACAAUCUGUUCUCAGAAAGCAUUAUUGUUUUGUAUUUAAUUAUUUCUAAUAGUUCUCAGACAUGCCAGAACUAUUUUAGAUUUGGAAUGGCAAGAUAAUAUGACAAUAAUUAUGGCAGAUUGAUGAUAAUUAUUGCCAGUAAAUGUAUCUUUUACCUUGAUACAGCAAUUGUCAUACCUGCCAUUGUGGCUCUGUUUUGUAUGGUAAUUUAAGCUCUUCAUUUGUUUUAAAGAAACCCAUUAACUCUUCCCAAAUGUUCAUUUUUCUGUUUUAAAAUACUUUUGAAAUCUUGCCACUGAUAAAUACCAAGUUUUAUUAAUAAUUCAUAUAUUUUUCCACAAAAAGAAACUAAUUUUUUCAAGAGGUAAAUAAAUAAACUAAAAUUAUAAGUAUGAAUUUCUGCUUGCAAAGCUUGACUGACUAAAUCUAAACUGAUAAAGGAAUUUUUUUGUUAUUGUUAAUAGCAGCAUGGUUAUAGACUGUAAUCUUAAAAGAAAAAGGGGUUCUUUUUUUUUAAUAACAUAGGUUAGGUUUCAGUUUAGGUUAUUUUUUUUCUGCUAGGGAUAUUAUAUAUUUUUUUUUGGUGCCAGCAUGUUUUUCAGAUCAAUUGUCUUAUGUGUUGUCUUUGCCUUAAGUUUUCUCUUGAGUUGGUGUUUAAAUAAUGCUUUUGAUGGACAUACUAGUAAUCUUUGUACAUAAUUUUUGCAUCAAAAUCUCAAAUGUACACACUCAUUGUAAACAGAUUUUUUUUUGCAACAAUCUUUGUCUGUUAUGUGAAUAAAU